CCAAGCUAAAUCCUGGUGCGUGGAUCUGGUAGCGUUGAACUCCAGAUAACUAGAUGAUAAUGGUCACAUUGACGUGCAUAAAACAGCAACCGUUCAGGCAUUUUUUUUUUGUUUCAAACAUCGUGAGUAAUCAUGUGUGGGUGCCACACAUUCCACUGUUUCGUGGCUGGAGCUCUCGGAGUCAGGCUCCAGUUUUGAGACUUGUGUUGAAAUAUCUCACUAAAUAAUGCCUUGAACUCGUGGCAUAUCUUCUCACGUAAAUAAUGGACACUUCAACCAACCAGAAAUAUGUGUUCUUAAACUUGGAAUAUUUGUGGAUAUUUUAAUAUUAACUGAAGUCAAAGAAAAUAAAGGAGAAAAAAAAAGUUUUAUCUCUAGAAUCAAAAACCUCGAAACAAAUAUCAGCAACUUAGAAGUGGAAAUAUUCUGUAAUACAGGUUUCGGAGUCCUUGCUUUCACUUAUGGAUAAAUAUUUAGUACUAGAGUUUCUUCUGCUUUGGAAGUGUCAUUCUAGUUUUCUAUUUCUUUUAAAACAACUUGAAUGAAAGAAAAAAACACAAGGAGUUUCAUUUAUAAAUUAAGACAUCAACUUGAAUAGAGUUGAUUGAAAAAAUACUAAAUCAUGAAGAAACGUAAAGCUCUUGAUGACUGCAUACGCUCUUUAGUAGAUAUCGUAAAGCUCUUAAAAAGGGCUUAUUAGUUUCUGGCUUUGUUCUCCUGACAUGACCAAGAGAAGAGUCCACUGGCAGGUUGGCGGAGUGACAGGUGUGAAAGAAGAAGUGGAGGAAAUUACGAGACCAGAAACAAUUUUCCAUGUGUCCAGCCUCUUCCUUGUUUCUCUCGGACACUUGGCGAUCUAGUCUAAAUGUUUUCUAAAUUGUCUGCAGAAAUCUGAAGAAAAGAUUUAGUUGAGUUACUUAGUCCAAUUGUCAACUGUCUUAAAGUUCAUCUCAAUAUUCUUGUAAGAUAUCACUUCCAGAGAGUCAUCAGAGUCAUUAGAUAUUUGGAAAAUAUCUAUGAAGCAAUAUAUAUAUGAAGCAAUUAGUGUACUCUACAUGAAGUGACCACUGGCAGCCAACGAGAGUUUUGGUCAAGAGUGGACGAAGAUCACAAAAUCUAUUUUAUCCAGGAUGCUCUCUAAAUAUUCGAAGUUCUAAUUUUGUCUGCAUAUCAUCCUGAGACUGUCUGUUACUUGGCAAGGAACUAGAAGUUUUGCGAGCUUUUUUCAGACUUCUAUUCUCUACAAGCAAAUGAUUUUUACAAAGUAUUUCUGUGAAUUAGUGCCAACUUUUGGAGGAUCACUCAGCUAAAGUUUCUUGUCGUCAGAUGAUGUUAGCUUGUGUUGUGAUCUAGUAUGAUUGAAUCCCUCUGGGCUAAAAAGAUAAUUUUAGCGUAUGACAUUCGAAAACAUUCUUUCCAUGAAUUCGAGAUUCCAAUGCUUGCACAACUGGAAGAUCACAUCUUUGUGCUAAGGAGAUCUGGGUAGUGACUUUGAAUGCAGAUCUUUGAGCAGACGAUACUAGUGAAGAACAUAUGCCCAAGUGAACACUGUGACGUAGGAGACUUCCGGUUUACCAAACUUCCGGUGUAGGAAACUUCCGGUGUAGGAAAGUUCCAGUGUGACACAUCAGGUUGUGACACGACAGGAAGGUGAAAACACAACAACGCCACCCCCACCGCCAAGAAGGCGCUGGCCGACUUUCGGCUUCUCCCGCCUUCGCAGAGUUUGGCCCGUCUUUGAUAACUUCCCUUUCCCUCGGACUCCGCCGGGCGCCUGCCAACAGCAGCAGCUCACCGGGGAGGAGAUGCAGCACGCCCGGCACGCCCAUCACGCCAGCAAGGCGCACCACACCCGCUCCCAUCAGCACCACAACCGCGCCCGCCAUGGGCACCGACACCACAUGCACCACCGUCACCACCAGAUGCACGGGCAGCACCACCAGCAUGGCGGCGGCGGCGAUGGUUCUGUGGGCGGAGGAGGAGGAGGGAACGUCCAUGUGGGCGCCGGAAGUGAAGACGAAGUGGAAAUAGGCAAAUAUGAGGAGAUCACUGGAUUCGCCAUCCAGGGAGAGGGGCUUGACAGCGUUUUGGGCAGCUUCGCUACGUACGCACGUCUCAAGGGGCGUUACGACGAUGACUGGAUAGACCGCCUGAACCACCUGUACACCACCAUCAUCCUCAUCAUCUUCACCAUAGUGGUCAGUACCAAGCAAUACGUCGGCGAGCCUAUACACUGCUGGUGUCCGGCACAGUUUGAGGAGAGUCACGUUGACUAUACCAAUAACGUCUGUUGGGUCGCCAACACCCAUUUCGUCCCAUUUGACGCCAACCCACCCAGAGCCCCUGAGAAGCCCGUUACGGGUGAAGUGGAAUAUUACCAAUGGGUCCCAAUGAUCCUCCUCUUCCAGGCUCUGCUUUUCAAGGUGCCUUGCAUUCUCUGGCGCAUCUUGACCGCUUCUGCCGGCGUCAACUUGGACAAGAUCGUCACCCUUGCAGCAGAGACGGCCUACGUCGCCCCGGACGAUCGAGACCGGACGAUCAAGCAUAUAGUCCGGUACAUGGACAGGUGGAUAGAGAAUGCUCGGGAAUACCGGUCCGGCUGCUUCAUCCGGUUACGGCAACAGAUCUCCAAAUACUGCUGCAUUGUCUGGGGCAAGCGCUAUGGCAACUACCUUGUCACGCUGUACAUGUUUAUCAAGCUUCUCUACCUCGCCAACGCCAUCGGUCAACUCUUCAUUCUGAACGAGUUCCUAGGGACGAACUUUAACGUCUACGGCUUUGAGGUCAUGGAUCAUCUAGCCAGGGGGGAGAAUUGGAGCGAGAGCCCUAGGUUUCCCCGAAUUACGCAUUGUUUCUUCAAGAUACGCCAGCUGACCAACGUCCACGACUACACGGUCCAGUGCGUCCUGCCCAUUAAUCUUUUCAACGAAAAGAUUUUCAUUUUCAUUUGGUUCUGGCUGGUCUUCGUGGCCACUCUCAGCACCUUUAACUUCCUUAUCUGGGUCUACACUAUGAUAUUUCGGCAGCAUCGCCUACGGUACCUCAAGAAGUUUCUCCGCAUCAACGACUGCUACAAAUCGGAGCUGGAUAAGAAGAUGGCUGUCAAGUUCUGCGAGCAGUACCUGCGACAGGAUGGCAUCUUUGUGCUCAGGCUAGUGGGGAAGAACGCCAAUGACGUUUUAGUGUCCGAGCUGAUCCUGCAGCUGUGGAACCACUACCGGAACAAACCGCUCUUCAGGCACGCCAACCAAAUCAGUGACGACAACAGCAAUGUCUGACUAACCGUUCGCAAGUGGAAGGCAGUUCAGGCCCUGUCUAGCUGGCUGGGGAUCAAAUCUGUCAACCUAACACCAACCGAGGAGAAUCAUCACAAUCACCACAGUUACCACAACCAUCUGGGGAACAACCACCACUAUUACAACCACCAGGACGCGGGGAUCGGGUGUUGUGCCCAGGAUGUGGAACUCGUUGGCUUCAGCACCUUCCCAAGACAGAACGGCUUCUUGGACACCUACGUAAACGGCUUGAACGGUCGUGACUCGAGCUACGAUAUAGGCUCUGACACUGAAUUGUCUCAUGUUUGAACUUUGAACUGUUUAGAACAAAAAAUGAUGCAAUUUUUUGAUCAUAUCAGAAUUGACUUCAUAAUCGUUGAUAGCAGUGCUUUUGUUAUCAUAGCUUAUCAAAGACGUUUAGCUGACGUACAUUACACACUAAAUUUCAAUUACAAACAACAAAUAGUUCCUACAAAACAAACACAACUUUCAAACUGUAUAAAUCUGUUAUUUUAGAGGAAAGGAAGCGGAUUUUUUUUUCCAAAUGUCUACAUUCAGUUAUAAGACAAAUUAUUCUAAAAGUUGUAAGAUCCAGCCUGCUGAAAAGUUAAUUAUCUAAAAUAAAAAUGUUGAACUAUAGGGAACAAGUACGUAGGUGAUACAACCAAGGUAUACUGAGGAAUACUUUGCAAAAGAUCAAUUAGGAUUUUCAUAUAAAGUCACAAAAGUUUUGGACAGUGCUUUGCAUUUUGGCAAUCAGCAUUCGAUAAAAUCUUAGUGAAGAAUGCCUGAACAACCUUUUUAGCGUCAUGGCCAAGAGACCAAAAGUCUAUGCUUAAUCUAGCUAAAUGGUUCGAUUUCAACUAAUAAACAUUUAGCACACAAGAUUACUAAUGAGCUCGGAUAUUAUUUUUCUCUCUAAAAUUACUAUCUAUCUGCUUCCUGGAAGUGUCAAGUUCACAUGUGAAAUAAACUUUGUUUUCAACUCCAGACACAAACACUUCCGAUCAUUUCUAAUCGCACUUUUUGAAAUGGUUUCUAUGUCUUCAGCUUGUUUGCUCUAUCAGAUUUAUUGGCUCCCUCCCCCCCUCCCCCAGUAUCAGAAAACCAACUAAAUCUUUUCAAAACGAAGUUAUCUCUUAACGCGGAUGGAACGUAAUGGGAACAUUAAAAGUGAAUCCACCAGAAGACCAUAAAACAAAAUGUUUUAGCUUCCGUUUUGUUGGCUUUUCAAAAGUUAAUUAGCCAGAACAAAAUCUGUUUCAAAGAGAAAAGCGAUGUCUUGUAUUUUGAAGUACCAGGUGACUUUCAUUUAAAGAUUCUGAGAUGACACUGUCAACCAAUGAUAGCAGCGUUUUAAAAAACUAUACACUAGGGGUGAUGGAUUAGUAUCUAAUUCACUUUGGCAGCUGGACUCAAUGUGCAAAAGUUUACUAAAGCUUUUUCCAUGAAACCAUGUCCAUAAUAGUUCAAAUUGACUUACACAACACUAUACCUAUUAACAGACAUAACAAUAAUUAUAUGUAUGUAUAGACGUAUACCUGACACUUGCACACUCAAACACCUAUUUUCUUCGAUGACAAUACAAAAGUAGUAAUGGACAAUGACUAGACCUUGGACACUGACUAGACCUUCAGUACUGUCUACCGUUAUGGCGAUGCUGCCGAAAUAUCAUAGGGAAGAUCCAGACAAGGAAGUCUUCGUAUUAUAUGUUUCGCAUAAAAAAAGAAAAUUGUUGUUUUAAUUGUACUGUAAACUUUUCAGCUAUUUCUAACUGAUACAUUUGUUUUGUAAAUAUAUUACACUUUUGGAUUGACCAGUGUAAGACCAAGACAGACAUCACUUUUAAAUUGAGGUCAAAGGAUGAUGUCAAGUCUUUUUUUAAAUGACCUUUUUUUUAACUCAAAGGAUAACUGCACAAUUUUGUAAAUGUAAACAAAAUGAUCUAACAAUGAUUUCAGAUCAAAAUAUAACUUCUUUUUAUUUCAAAGGAUAGAUUCUGUACUUUUUUUUACCAGUGGAGAAAAAUUUUUAAUUUUUUAUUGUAGGCUGGACUUUUGUUUUCUGUCUUUUAAUACGAUUUGGUUCUUUACUGAAAAUGACAGACCUAACGGUUGCAAAAUUUGUUAUAAUUUUAAGUGAUUCCGUUGCUAACUUUUGUGAUUUUUUAUUGGUUUUAGCCGUUUUGAAUAAUGUUGAAAUGCCAAUAUGUAAACAUAACUAAAUACAUGUGAAAUUUAAUGUAUAUAUACACAUUGUGAAUCUCUUCUUUGUGUAUACUUUUAUAGCCACAUCUCUCAGCAAGCUGUCUUCUGACCCUGAACUCUGCCCCAUCCCCUGUACACACACACAGACAGACAUUUUAAGUUGAAUUCUAGUCCGUACUUUAGUUUGUUUCAUUUGACUAGUUCAUGUUUUCAGCUAAAUAAUAUAGCGUGGUGCAUAUAACCGUUUUUUCCUUUUUAUGAUUUAUAUAAUAAAACUUAUAUAAAACAUUUUUUUUUAAAUUUCCUGAACUGUACUCCAGAUAAUGGAUUAGAACAGAACUGAAACUUGUUUUUAAGCUUGUUAGUCUGAUCAUGUCAUUUCUUUCCAUAUCCAAUGAGAUUUUAUUAUUAUUAUUAUUAUUAUUAUUAUUAUUAAAUAAUGAUUCUACAAAGAAAGUCAGCGUCGAUUCCAUGUAAGUGCUAGAUGAGAAGUGACCAGUUAGAAGUCCAGUCUUGCAGUAAGUGUCCACACAUUGUAUUUAUUCUCUUUGACUAGCAAUAAAACACGAGUAUCUGAGUUGUCUAACUUUGAAAGGGCCGUGGCACAUGAGCUUUGUAUUACAGGACAUUGGGGCUAAUUGUCAACUCAUAUGACAUGUAUUUGUAGUGUAACCAUAGAAACAGAAAAUUGAAAUACAUUCUAAAAUUAAGUCACGUCCAUGAGCUGCCGUGGAGAAGUUUCUGACUUCAUCUAGUUGUUCUAUCUCCCAGUCUUUAGAAGUCAAUCAAACGAUGGCAGUAUUUGUUCUGUUUUCUCUGUUGGCUUAUACUGUGAAUACAAUUUGUUCUAUUCUGUAACGUCAAUCAGAUGAAUUCUCUAGACCAAUGUGAUUUGUUUCAAUUGUGAUCUUUUUUUUUUCUUUUCUAUUUAAAAUACUUAUUUUUUUAUUUUAAUUUUUUAAUUUACUUUUUUGCAAUGUCAUCGGAACUUUAAAAAAUACGAAAACAAAAAAAAACUAAAAACAAAAAAAAUGUAUUUGCAUAUUUAUAUUUUGAGAUUUUCCCAGCAAUUCUAUAAAAUACGUAGUCUAUUUCUGUACAAUAAACUUUUUGACUGAAUCGUUUGUGAGCCUGUAAAAUAGCACGGCACGGAAUUAGGUUUCUUGAAUAUUUACUGCAUUUGUGAUAUAAUUUAACUUGAUUUUAAUCUCAUAUCAUUCGGUUGUAUGAGCCAUUUACUUCGCAAGUUAUCUUUGAAUUUUUAUCCCAACUGUGAUGCAAGCAUCAGUACACAUGUGGUUGAGAGUGGUCAUGUGGUUGUGAGUAAACAUAUUAUUGUUAGAAAACACUGACUUGUGAGUACACAUGUGCUUGUCAGUACAGUACACAUCUGUUUGAGAGGACAUAGUGCUUGUGAUUACACAUCAGCUUAAGAGUACAUACGUCCUUGCUAGUACACAUCUGAUUGUGAUUGCGUGCUUGUGAGUACACUUGGGCUUGUUGUGAUGUUUGAUCACGUGAUGCAGCUACAACUCGGGUUUGUUCCCGCUAUGUCCCAUCUCACUUUCCUUUAGUUUGUUAAACAUUGUUAGAGGAUUAUUCAAGGGAAGAUGUUGUGUUGAUCUACUACUCUUAUUGACAUCUUGUCCAUACUAUCCCUGGAUUCCCUGGUCCUCCAUUCCUAGACCACUUGUUGUUCCUAAUCAACUAGUUCCAUAGAGAGUGUGAUGUGUGAAGGAAUCCUUGCUUCCCAUGUCUACUGACUACCUUCCGCUGAACACAAAACGAAACGUUCAACUUCAUUUGUAACAAUAGUCUGUAGAACUUACUCAGAAAUAAAAAGCUUCUUUUAUCGUAUCCAUUCCUUGAAGUAUCAAGAGCCUUCACCUUACCAAAUACAUUUAGCUGAUUGACAUUGACCCCGAAUGAGUGUGACCUUAACCUUUAUUGUGCAUCCGAAAUGUCCAACUAUGGCAAUGUCCUUAUUACGUCUUUGCAUACAUUUCCCAAAAUAUCGUAACUAUUCUGAUUUUUUUUUUUUGCAUACAUACUGUUAAGGCCUUUAUGAAAAAUGUAAUCUACUUCUUCAGCUGUUCAUUACUGAUGUUUAUAUAACUUUAUACUGGAAUAAGCUAGAAUGAAUAUUCGGAAAUAUUUCAUAUUAAAUGUUUAAGAAUGAAAGUCUAGCUUAUAUAAGACCCAAAGACUAAACAGUUUCGCUGAUUGGUCAAAGCACAAUGACUUUGUGUGUUAUCAGGGCCGGAUUUAGGUGUGUGGAGGCACCGUGGCAGGAUUUCUGUUUUCGAAAGCUUUAUUACAGCUCCACAUAUGAAUGAAAAUACUUAUAUCUUAAAGCAUGUUCUACUUUAGAAGAAAGAAACAAGAGUUCUCGUCAAUUUAAUCUCACUUUCAUUUUAAACAAAAUAAUUAAUAUGCAUAUUUAAAUUUUUUAAAUUGUAUAUUUCUAGUUUGUGGAGGGUAAGGCCCUUGGUAGACGCAUUGUUGAAAAUCCGGAGUUGUAUUGACUUGCUCCGAGCAUGCAGAAAGCGUAUACUUCUUCAUUACAUUUUUGUCAGCCGUAAAAAAAAAAAAAAGAAAAAAAAAAAAGAAAAAAAAAAGACAAAUUUCUGAAACGUCGAAAUACGGAUAAAUUUUUAACUCUUUUGUGGAGGCCCUGGAGUGGCCGAGGCUGUAGCCCCUCCUGCCCUUUCUUAAAUUCGGCCCUGUGAUUAGCAAGAGAGUUGGCUGUGAAGAUUUAUCUAGUAGUAAAUAUACAAGUGUACUUAUUUGUAAACAUCUCAUGUAGUUGUCAAAUGUCUCUGAUAGGCUGAAGUUUCAAUGUGUUUGGCAAGGGUUCAAGUGCACAUCAGUAGUGUCGACCUAAUGUAGAUCUAACACCCUUUGAACAGGUUUAUUCUCUAAUGGAACCUACUUGUUUGAACAGGUUUAUUCUCUAAUGGAACCUACUUGUUUGAACAGGUUUAUUCUCUAAUGGAACCUACUUGUUUGAACAGGUUUAUUCUCUAAUGGAACCUACUUGCAUUGUUUCUUUACAAGAAAAUUUUCCAUAAAAAAGAGUUGUGAUAAUUCCUUAAUAUGUCUUAUCCACAUGAGCAACUCAAGUCACAUUCACAUUCUAUAACUUUUCACUCACAAACUAAUCGUGGUCCAAUAUCUGCAUUUUAAAGUGUUUCUGUUUUCAAAAUGUGAUCCUUGUUUUAAAUAUCCAAUUCAUUCUUCUUUUGUCUAGCCAUUUAAAAAUAUCAUUUUACAAUGUUACAAAUUUCAUUUUUUGACAUCAAGCAAUUACAAAUAGACAAUGUUGUAUAGUAAACUAUAAGUGUAAAUAUAUCUAGUCACUUCUUCACAGAAAAUGUUAUCACUUGAACAUUAACUUUCCAUGAUAAAGAAUGAAACCUAAAAAUUCAUACUCUGUAAAACCCUGUGCAGUCCAUGCAAUAGAAGCGUGUUAUAUAAUGAAGUUUAUUGAAUCACACGUUGGUUUCGUAUUAACUUUUUAUUAUUUAGAUUAUUCAAAUAAACAAAAUUAAAUGUUAUUUUCAUUAAUUCUGGAAAAAAAUAAUAAAAUAAAAUUAUAAUAAACCUGCAAUAAGAAGGACACAAUGUGUUGAACUAACAUAUCAUAUCGUGUUGUGUUUACUUGAAGAGAGCCAUUCUAAAACACUGGAUUAUUCAAUCAUUUUAGAAUUCGCGUGCAUAUAGUGUUGACGUCAUGCCACUUGAUAGGGGUGUAGUACUCCGCGUGUGUCAAUAAGUAGUCCAUACUAUAAUUUUUUUAAUAUUAUAACUCGUAAUGUGUACAGACAUUUUAAUAAUGUACAAAUCAUUCCUUUCACCUAUUUGCACUGAAACACACGUCACCUUGACCAUUCUUGUCAUUGACCUAUGAUCUUGUUGUCAGCUGAAUGCAAAGGUUGAUUCCAUCUUUGGUUUCAUUUUGUUAGUUUUUCGUGCAGUGAAUGUUAUUUUUAUAUCUAGUCACGUGUGCACACUUUAAAUCGAGUGUGUAUGGAAUUCAAUAGUAAAUAGUCACUUGCAAGCAACAAUGAAAUAUCUCGAAUAUAUGCACCAGAGUGUAAACCAAGUUUAAAUUCAAGAGUUUAAAUACGAAAGUAUACAGCAUUGGUUGUUAGUACAUGCCGGAAGUACAGUGUAGACACAAUCUAAACUAUUGUAUUUUUUAAACUUACAAUUUAAGUGCAUACGUAUUUGGAAAAUUAAAUGUGCAAUUAAAAUUUGUAAUAUAGAAUUAAUUAAUUGUACAAAGAUUGUUAACAUGCAACUGAAAUGCAAAAUGCCAACAACAGGAGAGAAGGCAACAAUCGCUUUAGUGAGGGGUGGUAACAUUCGAGCCUCUUUCGAGGUAGAUUCCUUGGGUUCAACUUAAAAAGGUGAAAGACUUAGAAGUUCGGCUUGACAAGUCUAGAGUAAGCUGAGGAAGUGGAAGGAUUACAAAGGGAAGUAAUUCAGACAUUGUUUGGGUUUUGUUUCGGUCAUAUCUCAAAGCGUUCAAACAUAAUAAAAUGUUUGGUCUUCAAAGUCAACCUAAAAAAUGUUUUGGACCAAGAGCUACAACAGUAAACUUUUCAGAAUUGUCAUCAAUCAUGUUCAAACAUUUUUUUUAGAAUCCAGAAUGUCUGAUUAAAUUCGAUGUAGUUCAACACAUUCUAGAGAAACUUGAGUUUACGACCAUCAAAUGUAGUGCGAACUAUUAACAUAUAUAAAACACCAUACUCUUUAACGACAACAUAAUGAGCAUACAAUGUAGAUUGAGUGCUGGUGAUUUGUUACUCAUUGUAUGUUCUAAUUUAAUUAGAUGAGAGUGUGAUGAUGUUUUGUUCCCAAUGUAAAACAAAUAGAUCAACAUUCCCAAAACUUAAAUUAUUUUUGUUUUGUCAACAACAUCCAUCAUUUCUAUUUGAGUAUUUCAAUAUCUUGCAAUGUCAGUGAUAUGUGGAUACAAAUGUGAGUUAUAUCUUGAACUUUUUUUGUGUUAUGAAUCUUUACGUUUGAUCACAUGAUAUAUAUGUUGUUGUUUGUUUUUUCAUCUCAUUCUUCAUGUAAAAAUAUGUUCAAUUUGUACACUAAUGACACAGUAACUCCUCUACCCUCAGCGAUGAGAACACUCUGGUUUUCUUUUUCUUCAUUUUGAUUGGUCAUUUCAUUUAGCCAAUAACUAACUUAUUCUAGAUAUUUAAACAAUUCUUUUUUUUUUUCUUUGAAGUCAUUGUCUGUUGUUUUUUUUAUCCAAUUAUUGACUGAAUGAAGGUAUGAAAUACAUUUUUAUUAAGCAUUGUGUUUUUAAAGUUUGUAUAAAUGAGUACGUAUAUAUAUAUAUAUUUUAUUUAUCACUAGGUUUUACUUUAUUUGUACCUACCAUUGUUUCGUUACAAAGAACGUAAAUUUAAUCAUUUUAAGGAAAGACUUUUGUGUUAUUGAAACGCUGAUACUAUAGUUGAAUAUUUGUUAGUAAAUUUCUGCAAAUUAUUAUAAGAGAAUGCAACAAAAUAAUUUGUUCUAAUGUUCUUCUAACGUGCGUUGAACGACUGUACUAGUAUACUAUGUACUUUCUGUGCUUUGAUGUUAUCAUAUGUACAACUGUAAUGUUAGAAGUAAUAACCUUUUUUUUUUCCUCUCCUCAAUAAUUUCAUUUUGAUUUGAAACCAAGAAGGAUGGCCUUGACCUCACAUCCCUUUAGCGAAAACAUUUUUUUUGUUUCAUUUCUUUUAUCACAUCUUUUAAUUUAUUCUAUAAUUUUAUAACAUUAUCUAGUUUAAUUACUCUUCAUUAAAAUAUUUUAGUAAUUUA